AUGAAAAACGCCGAGUCUGCAGGAACAUACAAAGUUGUCAUGCUUGGCAACUCUGGAGUUGGCAAAACAGCUUUAAUAGAAAGAAUCACACACGAUGAGUUCGUUGUUGCUCAUGUUGCAACUGUUGGCGCUCAAUAUUCAACAGUUGAUUUUACAAUACAAAAGAAGAAAAUUACAUUAGAGUUAUGGGAUACAGCAGGACAAGAAAUUUUCCGUUCAUUAGUUUCAUUUUAUGCCAGAGAUGCUAAAGGCGUUUUUCUGGUGGCAGAUAUUACACAAGAUGGAACGAUGACAGACUUAGAAAGAUGGAAAGAUUUUAUUAAAGAGCAAGCUCCUGAUGCUCAAGUUAUUUUAUUUGCAAACAAACACGAUUUGAAUGAUCAAAGAGUAGUAAAGGAAGAAGAGUUUGAGAAUUUCGCAAAAGAAUAUAACUACCAUUAUAUGGAAGGUAGCGCAAAGACUAAUGAAGGCGUACAAGAUGGCUUCGUUCGCAUGGCGGAAAUUGUUUCCGAAAAAAUCAUGGAAAAAGGUGAACAGGAAUCUUCUGUUAAACUGAAACAAGCUGAAGAGAGCAAACCAUGCUGCUAA